AUGCUGCCCGACGCGGUGCCGCUCCGUGGCCGUGGGACGAGUGCCACAGCCCUGCGAGGGACGGGCAGAGUGGGACUGCACAGCCCUGUGGGCUCCCUGGUUUCGGGGGGAAGAGCUGGAGGCCCAGGGGGGCGCAUGGAGCAGCGCUGCUGUGGUGAAAUCAGAUGCUACUGUGACGCUGCGCACUGCGUCGCCACCGGCUACAUGUGCAAGUCGGAGCUGGGUGCCUGCUUCUCGAGGCUGCUGGACCCGCGGAACACGCAGUCGCCGCUGGCGCACGGCUGCCUGGACUCGGUGGCCAGACCUCAGGUAGGGCCACGCGCUCGCAGUGAAGCCUCUGCUCCGGGCUGUCGGUUUGGGAUCGCCGAGGCCUUGUUGUUUAAAUAUAAAUCAGUUGUUGCAAUUGGAAUAAGCUUCAUGUCUUCUGCCUUUGCAGGACAAGGGAGCAGAUAUCAACAUGACAACAACAGGAAUCUCAUCACCAAGGUGCAGGAACUGACCUCUUCAAAAGAAUUAUGGUUCAGGGCAGCUGUAAUAGCUGUUCCUAUAGCUGGCGGGCUAAUCUUGGUGCUCCUCAUCAUGCUGGCCUUGCGGAUGCUCAGGAGUGAAAAUAAGAGACUGCAAGAUCAACGGCAGCAAAUGCUCUCCCGUUUGCACUACAGUUUUCAUGGACAUCAUUCGAAAAAAGGGCAGGUGGCAAAACUGGACUUGGAAUGCAUGGUGCCCGUCACUGGUCAUGAGAACUGCUGCAUGACCUGUGAUAAAAUGAGACACUCAGACCUCAGCAAUGACAAAAUUCUUUCGCUUGUCCACUGGGGAAUGUACAGCGGACACGGGAAGCUGGAAUUUGUAUGACCAAUUAUUUUUUCAUCUGGGCUAAACAUAUUCUCUGAACUGUUGAAGGCCUUUGGGUUCUGCUGGACAGGAGCACUUUAUCUGAAAAACAAACUCUCAUAAAUCAUCUUUGAGAAACAAAGGACCUCAGCAAACAGAAUCUUGGAUAUUUCUUCUGAAGGAUUCCAAAAGUUGUCUUAUUUGCACAGAGUAAAAUACACUCAAAUGUAUUGUUUGCUUUAAAGUUAUGAAAGCAAAAAUAAGAAGUUGUAAACACUGUCACCAGGGUUAUCUGAACUCUAGGGAGCUGAGAAUUGAGUUGUUAUAUAAUAAACUGUAUGCAAGCUCCUAUGUUUCCUGACUUAUUGUAAAGAUUUUUUUUAAAUAUAUAUAUUUUGUCUGAAA